GAAACCAUGGACAACACAGAGAUACAACAAAGCGUGGGAUACAGCUAUCCUCAGCUCAAGCCUACAGAAAUUGUGCAAUGCAUGGAAGAGCUGGGCAUUAGUUUGACCAAAGAUGAGCUUUUGGAACCUCAGAAACACAAGGAUAAGAUUCGCAACAUAUUUGUCCAGUUGAUGACGACCUGUACGGGGAAAUCGGACGAGGACUUUCAGGCAACCGAGGCGAUGAAGGCCAAAGCGAACACGAUGGAGUAUGGCGAUCAGUUGCACGCUGACUUCACCGAUCUGAAGUUCUUCUUAACGCUACAAACAUUGAUGAUUGACUGCGGAGUUCCCAACUUCUCAUGGCGCGAUUUGUACAACCCAACCCACAAGCGUUUGAAAGUGCAGCUUGCGGCUAUCAUUAAUUUUCUUCGUUUCUUACAAGAGCGACUGAAACUAUAUCAAGAGCUGAACGAACCUAGAACGGAGCUACUGGAAGCGUUUGAUGAAGUCCAGGUGGAGCAUGACGAACUAAAGGCACAGCUUGAACAAACCGAGCUCGACUCGAAAGACAAACUGGACGCAAUGGACGAGGUAGUCCAAGAAUGCCAAGGGUUAGAAUUGGAAAUUGCUCGUAACAACAAGCUUCAAGCAGCAGCCCGUGAAGAAGCUGCUGCGUUGAAAAUGAGAGCUAACGAUCUCAAGGACGAACUCGCUACAGCUGUGUGGGCCUUCCAAGAGGCCGAAGCCGAAGAAGAGCGCUUGCGAGCUCAAGUGGUUUCAAGUCCAGAUCGUCGCCGUGCGGAGUUGGAGCAUAGAAGCGCCCUUCUUACAAAAGCAAAGGAUGAUUGCAACAAGCUUGAAAAUGACGUCCAAAGCGCCAAAUUGAAAACCGUAAAGGUGAAGCAAGCUUCGAAAGAUCUUGAAUCAACGCUUGUUAUACUUGAUGAUUUAAGAGAAGAAGCAACGAAACUAGCCGAUCUGAUUCUACAGAAAGAAAGCACACUAAAAGAAAUGGACUCCUUCAUGAAGAAGAAAAACGAUUUUUUUGAAGAGUCCGAAGAGGCGGAACGUUACUUGCAUCGUACCGAAGAGCGCAUUUCGCAUCAGGUCAAAGCGCAUAAGAUGCAAAUAGCAGCGACUCAGGAAAGUCUGGAUUUGGCAAAAUCACAGCUUUUGGCAGUCGAAAAGGAUCGCCGCGAAGGGAUGCUACGAGUUCAAGCAGGCGAGGCGGAAGAAAACUGAGAGUUUGUUUUUGGAUCGAAAUAAUGAGCGCAUGGGGCUGAUGACUAUUGAUGGUGAGGCAUAGCUUUACUGGUCGUAUAGGGACGGGACUCGUGUAUUCAUGUGUUUCAAUAAUAUGAUACAUUAUGGA